CGCAAACCAAGUAAAAAUGGUGAGCAAGUCACCGUCAUCACUGGUGGUGACCAUCAUCAUAGCUCUACUGGCUCUCGGAGUGGGGCUCGUUGUAGGAUACCUCCUGCGCCCCUUUCCAGAGGCAGACCGUGAUCACAAGGUGCUCGAAGGGUGGAUAAGUGACGUAGAGGGGGCAGGCAACGACAAGUCAGCUGCCCUAGAAAUGUUGCGAGACUGCGGGCAGUUAGCAAGAGAGGAGCCUGCGAUUAGCAAACAUUUAAUAGAAAGUGACGUAGAAGCGUGCCGCGCGUUGACGUGUGACCUCCCCUACCCUCGAACCCACGUCAUCUACAAGCUGAAGGGAGAUGUCAUUGACUUGGAUGGGAAGUUGGACGAGAAGGCGUGGAAAAGUGUGGGCUGGACCGAUUCUUUCGUUGAUAUCCAGGGCAGGGGUUUCGCCACACCUCGCCUGGACACCAAGCUGAAGAUGCGUUAUGACGACAGUUUCUUGUACCUGGGCGUUUACCUUGAGGAGCCAGACGUGUGGGCAAACGUUACACUGCAUGAUGGGACAGUCUAUCAAGACAACUCAUUUCAGAUCUUGAUGGAUACCAGACAAAGUAAUGUGAACUACAAAGAGAUCACCGUAAAUGCUAGAGGCAUUGUUUCAGACCUAAUGAUGACCAAGGCAUAUGUCGACAGUGGCGAACCACUAACGUUUUGGGAAAGUGACGUCAUGUCUGAAGUUCAUGUCCAGGGAACUAUCAAUAACCCAAAGAAAAAAGAUGAGUACUGGACCAUUGAGAUGGCCAUUCCAUUUACAACAUUGUACCAAGGCUCAGGGGCCUCAAUGAACAGGUCAGCACCAGCACAUGGAGAGACAUGGAGGGCUAACUUUCUAAGAGCUGAAUGGCCUGUUAAAAAUGAUGGAGCCUACUAUGAAAAGCAACCUGAGGUUAGUACAGAGUGGUGGGUGUGGCAAGCACCGGAAGUCAUCAAUGUCCAUUUACCUGAGAGGUGGGGCCUGAUUCAGUUUCAAGAUGCUGAAAUAAAUGGAACCAGGUUUCAGACAAAUGACAGAUGGAUUGUAACAAAUGCUCUACUUGAUACCUAUGCUGCUCUUAAGUCUUUUCAUGCAGUGACUGGUAGAUAUACAGAUAGAAAAGAAUUACUUCAUCUGCCACCCUAUAUUUUAUCUGGCAAAUGUUUGGGGGACAUUACCAUAGACCUGGACUGGGCAGGUUUUAAGGUAAGCGCCCGGCCACUUGGGAAAAACAAAGAGGAGGGUCACACAAGAACAGAUCACUUCCUGUGGUUUGGCAAUGAGGACAUGCAGUAUUUUUAAUCCAAUGCUAGAUCUCAAAGCUGCACCAGGAUCAGAAUUUCCAGUUUUAUAAAUGUUCAAUGCAAUUAUUUUGGUAUGUUUUAAUUUAAAGUAUGUGUGCUAUUUGUGAAAAACAACCCUGUCGUUGUUAACAAAAAUCAUCAAUUUGGUAGUUGUAUAAGAGAAAUUUUAAAUGCACCGUGGAUAAGUUUGGUCCAAAAUAAACAUCAGUUUACCUGGCAAUAAACAGGAAGCUCAUGAUUUGAACAAUAGAUAACUAAAAUAAUUAAUAUGGAUAAUUAAGGAUUAAAACUAUAUUUAUAUCAGAUUAAUAACUCAGAAAAGUGGAAACCAGUAAAAUAAUGAGCAGACAGAUUUUCAGACGACGAAAAAAAUUUUUAAAUUGUGUGUACAUACUUUAGAAAUGGGUGAGAGUGACUGGUCUUGAUAUUAACGAUGUGUGCUUUUAUUUGCACUCAGAUGUUUCAAUCCACUUUCCAAUUUAAACAUGUUCAAAUGGAUUCUUCAUUAAUCUCUGAUUGUUUUCAAUGUUUAAAUAAAUGUUGCAUUAAAUGUCCAUAAGAUAAUGUCCAACAGAUAAUUAACAUACAC